UUAGAAUAGGUACAUUGAUGCUAAUUAUAUUUAUCUUGACUCUAGAGUGACACUUGAAAGCAAUUUGAGUUACUGAGCAUUGGUUUAUCCCAUGGGAUUGGCUCAAUUUGUUGUGGUUGGCUCUCUUUUGAUGCUAGUUUUGUGACUAAGGAAUCAUUGAACUAUUUAUUUUGUUGCACUUACUAAUAGGUUCUGUGAAUCUGACAACUAUGCACCCAACACAAGAAUUCAAAUGUGUAGAUAUGACCUAUGAGUAUGCAUACUGGAGAAAGAGAAAAGAAAUUUUGUGAGGAAAAACAUUAAAGUGGAAUAACAACGUCGUUGAAAAACAGAAAAUGGCUGCAUCAGUGUCUCUGCUUCGAAAACUGAGGAGCCUCCCUCUGUGUGCAUGGUUUGGGAGCAGGAGAAGGAGCUUGCGUUCUGAUGCGGCAUUGGAAGCCAUAGCCAAAGCUUCAGAAGACAAAGUUCCCAACUUGGUUGUCUACAACUACCCUACCUUCUCUGGAGCAUUUUCUGCCCUCUUUGCUCACCUCUUCCACAUUCGCCACAACCUCCCUGCCCUCAUUUUGCCCUUCUCUUCGGUUCCCUUUCUUUCUCUCAGGGUUGAAGAUUUGUGCAUUGAAGGCCUUGAGACCUGCUACCUGCUUGAUUUUAUUCCACCAAAAGAAUUUAUUUUCGAACUCUCCAAGCAAUCAAAAUGCAAGAUUAUUGGGUUUGAUCACCGGAAAUCGGUGCUUCGUAAUAUUCCCUCUGCUGAUGAUCUUGCUGAGAACAUUAUGAUUCAUGUUAACAAUGAGAAGAGUAGCUCCAGUACUGUUUAUGAAUACUUUUCGAGAAAAAGUGCGGACAUGAAUUCUGAUGGUGUGGUUCCAAAUUUAGUGGAGUCGAAAGACAGGGAGCGUGUGGAGAUGAUUCUCAGCUAUAUUGAGGAUGGAGAUCUUCGCCGAUAUACCUUGCCUAACAUUAAGGCCUUUAACAUUGGACUGAAUGAAUGGCGGGAAAAGCUUAACUGCAUUUCCAAUCCGAACAUGUAUAAGCAGUUGCUGGAGUUAAGUGCUGAAGGUCUAAUCGCUAAAGGAAAUGCACAUGUUUCAUCUCGCCAGGAUGCUGCAAGUAAACUGCUGCAAAAGGUGUUUAGGGUUCGGUUGGGAAGAGGAUUUUAUGGAGAGUGCCUGGGUGUUCGGGCAGAUGGGAACUCCAACCUAAGUGAUGAAAGUGCUUUACCCAUAGGAGCUGUGAUAUUCAUGCAACGGAAUAAUCUCAAAAUGUGCUUGCGUAGCAUGGAUAGGGUCACUGAUACCUCUGAAGUUGCAAGGGCCUAUGGUGGAGGUGGUUCCCCAAGUUCAAGUUCCUUCAUAAUAAGGAUGGAUGAGUACAACCAAUGGAUUUGAGUGAAUUGAUCCUGAGCAUUCCGGUUGAGAUCAACAGUGACAGUUGAUGGCUGGUUUAUUUACUUGAUGUAAUUUUGAGAUCGUCUGGCACGAUUAAUGAGAUCCGUUCACAAGACAGACGAUGCUUUGACAGCGGACCUUUUGAAGAUGAUAGUAGUGCUAUUGUGACAGAUCCUUAGACUAUCUUGAUAAUGAUGCAAGACACACGAGACUUGGAGAAGAAGGUGGAGCAGAGCAAGAAGGAAUACUUGAUCUUGGGAGUGGACAAGUCCACUGAUCAGGUUGACUUGAAGGGCAGAGAUAUUAAAGAAGUUUAACAUUCAGAUUGCAAAGAGGUGAAAUCUUUGUUACUCUUCUAAAAUUCAUGGUGCAUAUAAAUGUGACUGGUCUAAGUUCCCAGAGGCGUUAACUGUGGAUACCGCGUUAUGAAUGGUAGAGGAUUUCAACCUGUAACCUGCGGUGUCAGUCACACAUGCGGGGCAUAUACUUUUGGAAGAUUGUCUUCUUCCACUUUUUCAGUUUUGCAUGCGUAUCAGUUUUGUUUCCAUAACUUAUCGAUUUCAAUAUAUGACGAUGACCAUGUGUAAGUCAAAA